AUGAGCGUGCGUCCAGUCGAAGGGGCUCAGGGCAUUCCGGUUGCCCAGGCGCUUGCUCCACUGGACAUGAGCGGGCUGAAUACUCUUCCUGAUUGCUCGAAGCUGUCGUUCCGAGGAGCUCCAUGGCAAAUCGUUGGCAGUGACUCGCAACUGAUAGUCUUCAAGCUUGAGCCUGGGCAGGAAGUGAUGAUGCAACCGGGGAGCAUGGUGCACGCAGACGAAGGAGUGAAGCCCAGCACCUCAUUGCGAAAUCCAUUCGGAGCCUUCAUGGCGAGCGAGGAUAUCUUCAGAUUGAAGUGGAAGAAUGAGUCAUCAACAGUCAAGUUUCUCUCAGCAACAUCCAUGUUCCCCUCCAAGGUCAUCCCCAUCGAUUUGUCAGUCUACAGCGGCAUCACCAUUCAGAAAGGCUCCUUCCUCGCCACGACGGGGAGCGAGCUGCGGUUUGAGACUUUCUUCCCUCGAUCGCUCACGGAGUGUCUCGGUCAAGGGAACUUGUUGCAGACGAAGCUCUUCGGCAACGGCAUCUGCUUCCUCUGCGGGAGCGGGACGAUCAUUACGAAGACCCUUGCUGCUGGGGAGAAGUACAUUCUUGAUACGGGCCUGUUCAACACGGAGUACACGGGCCCAGGAUUGAUCGUCUUUCAGACACUUCCAGCAUGCAAGAUUGGAGCUCUCUUUGCGCAAGGGGGAGGCGGUGGUGGAGGAGACGGAGGCGGAGGGGGAGAUGGAGGCGGAGGGGGCUGA